AUGGCCGAGUCACCGACUCGAUCCCCUCCCCCUUCCUCAACCUCAUCCACCGCCACCAAAGUCCCACGAGAAAUCAUUAGCGAAGAAGAAAUGGCGCUCAUCGAUGCUGCCUUCGCCUCCGCCGCUGCCCAGUUCCCCCGUAAUCAGAGAUCCAUUCAGUCGAUAACUCGCUUAUCCAAACGCACACUUUUGGGUUGUACGGCAACCGGGUCUUCGCCUGAUAUUGAGGACUCGGGUCGCGUUGGCGGGUCGGACAGUAGCCCCCUGAAGAAGAGAAACAGAGGUCUCGACUCGUUUCUCCAUAGGUUCCGGCGGAAUAGAGGUCUCUCUGUUACAGAUAUUACUGCCACGGAAUGGUGUGAAAAGCAAAUGGAGUUUUGUCUACUCUUUGGAAAACCAGAAAAGACUAAAGCUAUGAAAGCAGGCAGUGCUCGCCAUGUGGAACUCGAAGAAGAGGUUAUUAAAAGAGUAAAAGUUCAUGUUUCAUCAAAUGAAGAUGUGUGGGCACUAAAAUUUGUGAAUUUUAUAAUUGGAGCAAAUCAACUGAUUUUUGAUGGAUUGACACGCGAGUUGCCAAUAGUAGGCUUUGUAGAAGGCAUAUGGAUGGUAGGAGUAAUUGAUGAAAUCCGUAUGUCAGAGUCUGAAAGAUAUGCAACAUUGGUUGACACGAAAACUCGUGUGCAAGCAAAACUUCCAAGUGAACCUCAGCAAAGAAAUGGAAGGCUUCAGUUAAUGUGCUACAAGCAUCUAUGGGACAGUUUAGUUGAUGAUAAAUUUCCCGUACAAAAAUUUUUUGAUUUCUUUUCAUUGAAUCCUCAUUGCAUUUUAUCUGCGGAAAUUAGAGAAACUACGGCAAAAUCUGGUUUUGCUUCAGAGACUCUGAACGAUCUGGUGAGGUAUUUUCGGAAUAGUUGUUGCCAGCUACCUCAUGCUCAAGGCCUACUAACUUUGAGAUAUGAAUUGCAAGCAGAUCAAUCCUUGAUCGGUGAUGAUGAAUUUGCUUAUGAUUGUGAAUGGGUUAAGGGUCAAAUUAAGUCUUCUCUUGAGUUUUGGAUAGGUGAGAGAGAAGCCAGUUAUACUUCAACAGAGGAGCGUUGGAAAUGCAGAUUUUAUAUUUGGAAGUCGACUCUAAGCCGAAUAGCAAAAACCCCGACUUCAAAAUUGAACCAAAGGGUACGCAAAACGGCGGGGCGGAAGGCGCAGAACGGCGGCGGAAAGAAGAAGAGGGAGAAGCCAAAUAUACUGAUAACAGGAACGCCCGGAACUGGUAAGACCACGACGGCGUCAGCUCUAGCGGAGGCUACUCAAUUCCGCCAUAUAAAUAUCGGAGAUUUGGUCAAGGAAAAGAACCUCCACGACGGCUGGGAUGACCAGUUCGAUUGUUAUGUGAUCAAUGAAGACCUCGUGUGUGAUGAGCUUGAGGAUUUGAUGGAAGAAGGUGGAAACAUCGUGGAUUACCAUGGUGGCGACUUCUUUCCUCAGCGUUGGUUCAACCGUGUAGUAGUGCUCCAAACUGAAAACUCCGUGUUGUAUGACAGAUUGACAAAGAGGGGUUAUACUGGGCAGAAACUUACAAACAAUAUCGAAUGUGAAAUCUUUCAAGUGUUGCUGGAGGAGGCCAAGGAGAGUUAUCCUGAAGAAAUUGUGGUGGCAUUAAGAAGCGACUGUGUUGAUGACAUAAACAGUAAUGUGGCCACUUUGACUGAUUGGGUUAGAAGUUGGAGCUGCCAGUCUUGA